UUGUGUAUUUGUAGCUUUGGGUGUUUCUCAUAACGAUGCAUAACGGUUGUUUCAACACAACUGGUUAGUAACUGGUUCCCACGUACGCAGUGGUUCUCAUAACGCAGGGCUGCCAACUGGCAUCCAUCUGGCGUAACCCUCGCCUUCAGACUCACGGUCAUGCAAGAAAUCUUACAGUAAAUCUACAUUAUUCCAUCAUAAACCUACAGUUAGCUACAUCAGAGGCGUUGGGGUUUUUGUACACCCUACAGACUAUUUACGAGGUAACAAAACUCUUACAUACAUGUAAAUGGGCGGGUAUGUGUGUGCAGACGUGUCUCGUAUUGAAAAUCUCACGCCAAUAACUUGACCAAAGCUGGCAUCUCUGAUCAUGUUAGCUGUUUUUCCCCUGUGCAUUAGCUCUUCAUCAUCACAAGGUACAGGUUCGGUUCAUAGAUAAAACCGGACGCUGUUUUGCUUAAUCUCUGCUCGCAUCAGAAACACGUAAAUAACUGAGACACCUUAAAUGUUUUCUGGUAUGCAAUAAAUAAAACACUACAACUCCAACAAGUCAUGGCGGGGGUAGGGUUUCGUUUCGCCAGGAAGUGCAAACACGUACAGCUCAGCUAUACACGGGGGGCUUCGGGCUCGUGCGCGUCCUGCCAGCGUCUGCAUGGGGGGCGUUUUGGUGCGAUGUGCCGCCGCAGACCUGGCGCUUCAGUGGCUCUGCUGGGCUGCAGCAGCAGCUUUUAAAACGGAGAAGUUCUACGAUUUAGCAGGUUGUGUGUUUGCAGGUUCUGGAACAUUCAUACUCCUGGUUCACCUGAGUCACACAUGGGGUGGAAGGAGGCACGUGCGCCAAAGCGUUCAGACUGGCCUUGUGACCGCGUGGGGCUUACGAUUGGGCACUUUCCUUUUCAUGCGUAUAUUGAAGGAGGGCCAAGAUCGCCGGUUUAACGACGUCAGAGACAACCCAGGAACCUUUUUCAUAUACUGGACCAUGCAAGCUCUGUGGAUUUUUGUGACGCUCCUGCCCACUCUGGUUCUCAAUGGCGAGCGUCGUGACAAGCCCCUGGGCGCACAGGACUACGUCGGCUGGGGGAUGUGGGGCCUUGGGUUUGUCAUAGAAGCAGUCGCUGAUCAGCAGAAAUGGAAUUUCAGGAACAACCCUGACAAUAAAGGAAGGUUCAUCCAGAGUGGCCUGUGGGCAUACAGCCGGCACCCAAACUAUCUGGGCGAGAUCCUGCAGUGGUCGGGGCUCUUCGUGUCUGCCGCCUCUGUGAUGCGGGGGGCCCAGUACCUCAGCGUGAUAUCUCCACUCUUUGUCUGGUUCCUUUUGCGGCAUGUUAGCGGGAUCCCCAUCCUGGAGAAGCAGGCACUGUCGAAAUGGGGGUCUGAACCAGCCUUUCAGAACUACAUCAAGAAUACUCCUCUUCUCUGGCCUUAUUCCAAGCUCUGGUGAUCAUUAUGAAUUUGGUCAAAGUUAAUUCUGGACAUUUUUCCCCAAUUAGGAGUAAUUUAAAUAAAGAUUAACACAUUUCGUCUUUGCGCA